UGCCCCGCCGCUCCCGCCCCGAGCCCGCGGGGCUCCGUGAGGGCGGCCCGGGCGGGACCCGCCUCCGCGGCCGGCGGGGCGAGGCGGGGCCGGGCCGUGCCGAGCCGCAGUGUCCGCCGGGGAGCAGCGGGGCUCGGAUCGCCGCGGGCACGGCCGAGAGGUCGUCAGUGAGAAGGGGAGAAAUGGCCAAAUCGACCCAGUUAAUUGACAAUGAAGUCUUCCGGGCUUACGCUACUUACACAGCCAUUGUUCUUCUAAAGAUGAUGCUAAUGAGUCUGAUAACAGCAUACUACAGGAUCACAAGGAAGGCAUUUGUCAACCCAGAAGAUGCAGCAUCAUUUGGAAAAGGAGAGAAUGCUAAGAAAUUCCUGAGGACUGAUCCAGAUGUUGAACGUGCACGCAGAGGCCACCUGAAUGACCUGGAAAAUAUUGUCCCGUUUGUUGGCAUUGGACUGCUGUAUGCUCUGAGCGGCCCUGAGCUGUCCACAGCCCUGCUGCACUUCAGGAUCUUCACAGGGGCUAGGAUCUUUCACACUUUUGCAUACUUGCUCCCUCUUCCCCAGCCCGGCAGAGGUUUGCCUUGGGCAGUUGGCUACUCGGUGACCUUAUCCAUGGCCUACAAAGUCCUGAAGACAGCGUGGCUCCUGUAGCAGAGCUGUAGCUUCUGUGUCCCCUUUGACAUUCCACACAAAGUUUCCAACACUGUACCGUGGUGUCUUGAGUGAGCCAAUGAGUCUUCCGUGGUAACUGGAAUUCUUCUUUUGAACAAAAGCUUUUUGUUCCUGUUUAGAAGUGUUCCUUUUUUUUGGAGGAAAAAGAAUCCUUCUCCCUGUAUUCCCUGUGCAUGGGUUGCACUGCCAAAUACUAGAUUGGAUGUUCCCUUUGCGAUUUGUCAAGUGCUUACAAUUCUAAACAUGCCAUGAUGCUGUAUUGAUAGAGUGUUUGAUAAUUUUCUACAGAUGCACUAUUUUUGGCUGUAGCUCUGAAGUCUAAAUCAAUAAAGACAAGAUUAAAAAAAA